AUGCCUCAGGCAGAAGCGUCAGGUGACCCUGCCAGUGGUGACUCUCAGCAGAACCAGACCUUGGCUCAUGCCCGGCCACCUCCAGGUAAUCUGGAGCCACAAGUAUCUUCUGGCCUGAUGGACUCCUCUGAAAACGGGACAAUGUCUGUGGUCAUCGACCCUCUGUCUGCUAACCUGGAGUCUGUGAGCUCUUCGCAACCUGCUGUCACCAGUGACUCUGAAAAUAACCUAGAGUCAACUCCGAAGAGUAGAGGAAAUACCUUCGGAUCCCUUGCUAUGAAGCGUAUUCAGUGUGAGCUCCUGGAGUUGUCUCAAGACCCCCCGACCCUGUGCUCUGCAGGCCCAGUGGCAGAAGAUAUAUUUCACUGGCAAGCCACCAUCAUAGGGCCUGAGGAUAGCCCUUACCAGGGAGGAGUCUUCUUCCUCUCUAUCGAGUUUCCGCAUGAUUACCCGUUCAAGCCACCUAAGGUCGCAUUCAUCACAGAAAUUUACCAUCCAAACAUCAGCAGUACGGGGAGCAUCUCUCUAGACAUCCUGGGUUCUGAAUGGUCACCGGCACUGACGGUCUCCAAAAUAUUGCUGUCCAUCUGCUCCUUGCUGUGCUACCCCAACCCUGUUGAUCCUUUGGUUCCUGAAAUUGCGAGGAUAUUCCAUAGCGACAGGAUGACAUUUAACAAAACCGCUCGGGAGUGGACGGGGAAAUAUGCAAUGUAA